AUGACACAUUCGCCAAUCCUGCCAACUAAUAAAGUGUAUUCUAGUUUGAAGAUUACAUACCACUUCUUCCACUGGAAGAAGGGAACUCCAUUCGCUGAUGAUCAGGGGAUGUAUAAUAGAUUGACUUGGUGGGAGCAAAUGGACAACGGCAAGCAGCUUACUUGCAACAGAAAAUUUCUUGUUGUGGUUCCUGUAGUCCUAUUGAUUCUGGCUAGUCAGAAAUACUACACUUAUUCAUUACUUAUGCAAAGAACACUUGUUAGUAGCAUCUAG